CUCUGUAUUCUAUCUGUACUUCGGUCAGUCGUUCCUCCUCACCUGAUCCUUCUUCCUCUCUCGCUCUCUCCGUCUCUCUUGUGCGAUCUUUUGCUCCUCAAUCCUCUGAUCUUCGUCUGAGAAGCUUGGAGUCCAAGAGAGGUCGCUGGGACGACAAUGCUGCCGCCGGGCUUCUUGUUCAGACCGAGCGACGAGGUUCUCCUCGUCACCUACCUCAAGAACAAGUUACUUCAGUGGCCUCUUCCCUGCGAUGUUAUUGUGGAGGCUGACGUCUAUGGAUGCCACCCCCAGGACUUGGCUUGUAAUCAUCUUGUGCUUCUCCAUUGUCUUCUUUUUUGAUUCACGGUUUCUAACCCUUUCUUUGAGUUUUCUUGGGUUGUUUCAGUGGAGUAUCUCAUGGCAAACAGGGACUUCGAGUGGUUCUUCUUCACUUCUACCCCUCGGAAGCAUCCAGGCGCAAGCGAAACCAGCCGUGCAUCUCGGCGCGCAGGCCUGGGACGAUGGAAGGCCACGAAAGGUGUCAAGAACGUGGUGGAUUCCAAGAAUAACACCAUUGGGUCGAAGAAGAGUUUCUGUUACAUGGAACAGAACUCGGACGGUGGCGAGAACAAAAGUAUCUGGUUGAUGGAGGAGUUCUCUAUGCAGAACCUUAGAAGGAGAGGUAGUGCUGGUGAGAUGAGGGACACAAAUGAGUUGGAUGACUGGGUCAUCAGCAAGAUUUACUUGACUCCAAAAGCUCGCAAGGCUCACGCUGAUUUGAAACAAUUUGCUAGUGCUACAUUGGAACCCGCUUUCAAAAGAAGAAGGAUAGAGCUAGAAUACAUGAUGGUGCCACCUGGAUUUAUUUUCCAGCCAACGGAUGAGGAGCUCUUGGAUUUCUUCCUCAAGGAGAAGCUCCUCCAUCAGCCACUUCCAUGCGACAUAAUCAAAGAAGCCGAUGUCUAUGGAAACCACCCUAGCAACCUUACUGGUAAACAUAUUAUAUAUAUAUAUAUCAACACCAUGAUCUCUUCUUUUUCUUAUUCUCUAUCUAUAUUUGCUAUGAUUAAGGUUCCUAACUCGUCAUCCUUUUCUUGGGUUCCUUUCUUUAGGUCAAAUGGCCAUGGAAAAUAGAAACUCGGAGUGGUUCUUCUUCACCUGGACCACUCGAAAGCAUCCAAAUGCAGAAGCCAGCACAAGGGCAUCUCGGGUUGCAGGCCAAGGUCGUUGGAAAUCUACCCAAUCGGUGAAGCUAGUGCUCAACAGCAAGGGCCAGGUCAUUGGCUCCAAGCAAAACUUCAUCUAUAUGGAACGCACCCCCUUGGGCAAGGAGGAAAAGAGCAUCUGGUUGAUGGAAGAGUACUCCAUCCAGAACCUUAGAAGAAGAUGUGGUGAUGCAGCUAUGACGAUGGACCGAAACAAGCUGGAUGACUGGGUUGUUUGCAAGAUUUAUCUGAGGCCGAGUGCUCGCAAAGAAUUGUGUGGUACAGAACUUCCUACAAUGGAAAGCAGAGAGCUGGAGGUGCAAGAAAUAUGGUAUCAACCUUUUGUAUUACCAAUUCAGCAGAUCACUGAAGGAUUUGACCAAGAGGUGGAGUUUUGUUCUUAUAAGUCGCAUGAUAGCUCACUACAGUAUCCAUCUCCUGAUGAACUACAAGAGAAUUUUGAAUCACUGCCAGCUGAAAAGAUCCUCCAACAAUUCGCUGAUGCACCUGAUACAAACUUGGAUAUUCUGCAAUUGCCGACUCUUGAUGAGCUAGAAAAGAUUUUUGAACCACCACUGGCUGAUGAGAUUCUCCAAUAAUUCGCUGAUGCACCCAAUGAAGGCGUCGGUGUUGAGCAACAUGGCAUGAUGAGCUUUUCUCCUUAAUUGCCUGAAUAGAAGCUACAGGAAGCACACCUUGUUCUACAUAGGUUGUGAUUUUUUAUAUCAUGAAAUAUAUUUAUGACCAUUUUGUAGAUGAAAACAUUGCCUAUUUACGUUGAGUUUGUAAUCAUUUUUUCCAAGUUUUACACAGCAAGAAAUAAACAAAUUAUGCACUUCACAACAAAUAUUCAGCGGUGCAUUGAUGUGAUUUUCUAUGGUCCUUUUGAUUGUUCACUUGUAAAUUGAUUCAAUAAAUUACAG